AUGAAUUCACAGGCAUUCCUCAAUUAUCCUCCGCCACGUGAAGGCCCCUCGGUGCCAUAUAAGAAUGAGACGCAGACCAUUCCGGUCUUCCGCGGCACACCCUUGGCCAUCGGCGCAACAUUAAUUCAUAAUAUCGGCUUUAUCCAGAGCCAUAUCUGGCGCAAUGCCGGAUUUGGCAUCAUUCGUGAGAUCCCUCACCUCAGUCAGUACGCCGGUCGCUACGAUCCAACUGUGAUUCCCAUCGACAACGCUAGCCAAGACGAUUCAAAAACGACGGCUCCUGUGGAACGAAGAAAAGGAGAUCAUGGAUAUUACACCUCUGCCGACUACCAUGCGCUCUACUCGUCCGGGGAGCUGACCCCGAUCGCCGUCAUUGAGACGCUACUCCCUCUGAUCCGACGUGACGUUCAGCCGGCUGGGAAACACGCAACUGCUUUCCUUGAGUCGCAAUCUGAUGCAAUCCGUGCGGCGGCGGAAGCAUCCGCCGAGCGAUACAAGAAGGGCCAGCCGCUGGGUCCGCUGGAUGGAGUACCGGUCGCAGUGAAGGACGAGGUGCACAUCACCGGAUAUAAGCGCACACUAGGAACCAAGCUGGAUUUCAAGCAUGGCACUGAUGCGACGUCAUGGUGUGUGAAGCAGUGGCUAGAUGCUGGAGCUAUAGUGAUUGGAAAGACCACCAUGCACGAACUGGGACUUGAUACUACCAACAAUAACCCAAAUUAUGGGACGCCGAAAAACCCCCACAACAAAGACUAUUACUGUGGCGGUUCAUCUGGUGGCUCCGGGUAUGCUGUCGGGGCUGGACUUGUACCGAUCGCACUCGGCGCAGAUGGUGGAGGCUCAAUUAGAAUCCCAUCAUCAUUCUGUGGCAUCUGGGGACUGAAGCCUUCACAUGGCCGGGUGUCUGGUGCGCCGUCUCUGAGUCUUGCGCCCACUGUCGGCGUCCUCGGGCCCAUGGCAGCCAGCAUCGAUGACCUCGCCCUCGCCUACCGUACCAUGGCCACUCCAGCACCUGCCUCAGAAGACCCGAUUUCAUCACAAUUCCCCAAUCCGGUACCGGCUUCUUCUGACACCAAGAGGACCAAGACAAUUGGUAUCGUUCGCGACUGGAUCGAUCGCGCCGAGGGCCCGGUGCGCGCUACCCUGGAUAGAGUGCUCGAAUACUACCGCCAGGAAGGGUACACCAUUGUGGACAUUUCAAUCCCAUACCUUCCGGAAGGUCAGCGAGCCCACGCUCUGACUAUCAUGGCGGAAAUUGCAUCAGGUGUCGAUGCGAGUCAGAUCCGACAGCUCACGGCCCCGAACAAAAUGCUCGUCUCCAUGGGAAUGUACCAGGUCACUGCCCAGGACUUGCUUGCCUCCCAGCGGUUGCGCAAUUUGCUUAUGACGCAUUUGGCUCAUCUUUUCAAGACUAACCCCGGAUUGCUCAUCGUUUCCCCUACGACUCCCAUUCCCGGUUGGCAUAUUGAUGGCGGCGAGGCAGACUUGUCUCGGGGCUUGUCGGAUGGCAAGUCUUCUGUCCGCAAUAUGGAAUAUGUUUGGUUGGCCAACUUUACUGGUUGCCCUUCAAUUAGCUGUCCUGCUGGUUACAGCCCCGAUGGCGGUGUGCCUAUCGGGGUGAUGGCCAUGAGUGAGUGGGGUACUGAGGAGGAGCUUAUUGCGUUUGCUCGGGAUGGUGAAGCUAUCUUGGAUCUACCUGGUAGCCGGCCCCAGCGUGAGGACGAGGACGUUGCUUCCACGAUGAAGGGCCUGAGGAUUCCUUCUAAUGAUGCCUCGGUUUGGGAGGAUGUUAUCGGCCAAGCUAAGUCGAAAUAA